ACCUAACUGAAAAUAUUUUCUCUUCGAGGGAAGGCGGCCUUUGUUCAGUUUUCUCUCUUACACAGGCCUUCAAACGUAGAAGGAAACACGAACGAGAUAAACUUUUUAGGGUUUUUCCAGAAGCAGUGACUAUGUACAGAACUGCUUUUUCGAGACUUAGGUCUCAUAAGGCCCUUCUUAGCAAUGUCCAAGCAACACGGUAUGCAACUUCGAGUGCAGCUGCUGUGAGGUCAUCAUCAGCAGGGCUCUUUAGCUGGCUAACUGGAGAAAGAUCUAGUUCUCUUCCUCCUUUGGACACAGUACUUGAAGGUGUUUCCCUUCCGCCUGCACUGCCUGAUUAUGUUGAACCAGGAAAGGUUAAGGUUACUACUCUUGACAAUGGAGUCAGAAUUGCCUCAGUAACAUCAAAUAACCCAGCAGCCUCCAUAGGGAUAUAUCUUGAUUGUGGUUCUGUUUAUGAGACGCCGAAGUCAUUUGGGGCCUCCAACUUACUGGAGAGGAUGGCCUUCAAGAGCACUAAAAACCGAAGCCACUUGCGCAUUGUGAGGGAAGUGGAGGCAAUCGGAGGUAACACAUCAGCCUCUGCAUCUCGGGAGCAGAUGGGGUACACUUUUGAUGCUCUGAAGACCUAUGUCCCUGAAAUGGUAGAGUUGCUUGUGGACUGUGUGAGGAACCCUGUGUUCUUGGAUUGGGAAGUCAAUGAAGAGCUGUCCAAAUUGAAAUUGGAGCUUGGGGAACUUCGUAACAAUCCGCAAGGUCUACUCUUGGAGGCAAUUCACUCUGCUGGUUAUGCUGGUGCAUUAGCAAAUCCUCUUUUGGCUCCUGAAUCGAUGCUGAACAGAUUGGACAGCACAGUUUUGGAGGAAUUUAUUGCUGAGAACUACACUGCUCCUCGUAUGGUCCUGGCAGCAUCCGGGGUCGAUCUUGAUGAGCUUUUACCAAUUGCAGAGCCACUUCUUUCAGACCUUCCAAAAGUAUCAUGUCCAGUAGAGCCAAAAUCUGUUUAUGUUGGAGGGGAUUAUCGUCAGCAAGCUGAUUCACAGAGCACACAUGUUGCUCUUGCCUUUGAAUUGCCAGGUGGCUGGUUGAAAGAGAAAGAAGCUAUUACUUUGACUGUUCUUCAGAUGCUUAUGGGAGGAGGUGGUUCAUUUUCAGCAGGAGGCCCUGGAAAAGGGAUGCACUCACGUCUCUAUCUCCGCGUCUUGAAUGAGUAUCAGCAGAUUCACUCUUUCUCUGCAUUCAAUAGUAUCUUCAAUAAUACUGGAUUGUUUGGCAUUUAUGCUAGCACUGAUUCUGAUUUUGUUUCAAAAGCAGUGGAUUUGGCAGUAAGAGAGUUAAUUGCAAUUGCAACACCAGCCCAAGUAAGCGAGGUUCAGCUAAAUCGUGCCAAAGAGGCCACAAAAUCUGCAGUACUGAUGAAUCUGGAAUCUAGAAUGAUCAUUUCAGAAGAUAUAGGCAGACAAAUUCUAACAUAUGGAGAGAGGAAGCCUGUGGACCAUUUCCUAGAGGCAGUAGAUGCAGUCACUUUGAAUGACAUUACAAACAUUGGCCAAAAGAUUAUUUCUUCACCUCUAACAAUGGCGUCUUAUGGCAACGUUAUAAAUGUCCCCAGCUACGAAUCUGUUAGCAGCAAGUUUUGUCAGAAAUGAUAGAACAUUUCCAGCACCAUCGAUUUUCCAUCUCACCCAUCCCUGGCCAUGUUAACUCUUAUGCUUUCAACUUGUUAACACCCAUUGAAAUAAAAUAGAAUCAAGAAAAUUUAGGGUUAGAGCAGCAGAAAAUGAUUCUGCGGGGAUUUUAUCUGGGUUUUACCUAAUUGCUUGUUCACCUUCACGAUCAUUUGAUGAAAAAUUUUACACAUCUAUAUUUCAUUUCAAAGGAAAAUGAAAUGUAAGAUAAGAGUUUUGUAUGGAUGCUGGAUGUUCUACUGAAACAUUUCUUUCUCAUUUAUAAGAAAUUGCUUGUUAAAGUUGCAAAUGAAA